AUGGCAAAGAAGACUGUGUCACUGCCAGUACUGCUGCUAAUAGUGUGUGGCAACUGUGUGUCAGCUUUGGCACAAGUGUGCAGACUGCUCAGUCAGCCUGCACUCCCUCUACUUUCUGCAGAAAGAGACAUCAACAUUGGGGCAAUAUUCUCAAUCCACAUUAGUGCUCUGCUAAAGAUGCAUUCUUUUAGUUUCAAGCCAGAGCCAACUGCAUGCAUCAGUUUAAGUUUGCGUGAGUUUAAAUUUGCUCAGACACUGAUUUUUGCCAUUGAAGAGAUUAAUAACAACACACAGCUUUUGCCAGGUGUGUCUUUGGGCUAUAAGAUAUAUGAUUCAUGUGGCUCAAUAGCUCAGGCUAUAUUCUCAGGCAUGGCUUUGAUGAAUGGUUAUGAAAAGACUUUGAGUGAUACAUCCUGCUCCAGACCACCGGCUGUUAAUGCCAUUGUAGGAGAGUCCAACUCCUCUCCCACUAUAGCCUUGGCUUCUAUAGCUGGUCCAUUCAGUUUACCUGUUAUCAGUCAUUUUGCCACAUGUGCAUGCUUGAGUAACAGAAAAAGGUUUGCAUCCUUCUUCAGAACAAUCCCCAGUGAUUAUUACCAAAGCAGAGCACUGGCUCAGCUUGUUAAGCACUUUGGCUGGACCUGGGUUGGGACAGUCAGGAGUCGCAGUGAUUAUGGCAAUAAUGGAAUCGCAACAUUCGAGGAAGCAGCAAAAAAAGAGGGGAUUUGUAUUGAAUAUUCAGAGGCCAUAUUAAGAACUGAUCCACAAGAUCAAUUUCUUAAGACAGUAGAAGUGAUAAAGAAGGGCACUGCCAGGGUUGUGCUAGCUUUUGUUGCAUUAAGAGAUUUUUACCCCCUUUUAAAAGAAAUUGCACAACAUAACAUUACAGGGCUGCAGUGGGUUGGCAGUGAAUCUUGGAUAACAUCUCGAACUGUUGCAGAAACAAAGGAAUAUGGUUUCCUGUCUGGAGCUGUGGGUUUUUCUAUAGCAAAUGUCAAACUUGUAGGCCUACAAGAUUUUCUAGUGAAUGUGCACCCUGAUCAUGAACCAAAAAAUACACUUUUAAAAGAAUUCUGGGAAACAACAUUUCAAUGCUCUUUUAGUAACAGUGGAAGUGUUGGGUGUACUGGCUCAGAGAAACUAGCAGACUUACAAAAUGAAUAUACUGAUGCCUCAGAGCUAAGGAUCGCCAAUAAAGUGUACACGGCAGUGUAUGCUGUUGCACAUACACUACACAAUGUAUUUCAAGACUUCAAAUCCUCCAACAGUAGCAAAUUAAAACAACCCACACCUCAAACGGUACUGAACUAUAUGAAAAAUGUAAGAUUCACUGUCAAAACAGGUGAAGAAAUAUUUUUUGAUGCAAGUGGUGAUCCAGUGGCAAGAUAUGAUCUUGUGAACUGGCAACUUUCUGGGGAUAGAAGUCUGCAAUUUAAACAUGUGGGCAUCUAUGACAGCUCACUUCCUUCAGAGAAAUGUCUUCAGGUCAAUCAGGAACAUGUGCUAUGGGCAGAUAACAGUAGACAGUUGCCUGUAUCCGUGUGCAGUGAGAGCUGCCCCCAUGGAACUAGGAAGGCUGUGCAAAAAGGAAGACCUGUCUGCUGUUAUGACUGUAUUCCAUGUGCAGAUGGCGAAAUCAGUAACAACACUGACUCUAGUGACUGCUCUCCGUGUGAUGUGGAAUACUGGUCAAACGAAAGAAAAGAAAAAUGUGUAUUAAAAGUUAUCGAAUUCCUUUCUUAUACUGAAAUCAUGGGGAUGGUGCUUUGUAUAUUCUCCUUCAUUGGGUUGUUAUUAACAGCAAUGGUCUCUUUUCUGUUCUAUCUUCAUAAAGAAACACCCAUUGUCAGAGCCAACAACUCAGAGUUGAGCUUCUUGCUGCUCUUCUCACUCUCACUGUGUUUUCUCUGUUCACUCACUUUCAUUGGCCGCCCCACUGUGUGGUCCUGUAUGUUGCGUCACACAGCAUUUGGGAUCACUUUUGUCCUCUGUAUUUCCUGUGUUCUAGGGAAAACAAUAGUAGUGUUAAUGGCCUUCAGGGCUACACUUCCGGGAAGUAAUGUAAUGAAAUGGUUUGGGCCUACACAACAACGACUCAGUGUUGUUUUCUUAACAUUAAUACAGGUGAUUAUCUGUGUUGUUUGGUUAACUGUAUCUCCUCCUUUCCCAUAUAAAAAUUUGAGUUAUUACAGAGAAAAGACCAUCCUAGAAUGUAACUUGGGUUCAGCUUUGGGGUUCUGGGCCGUUCUGGGUUAUACUGGCCUGCUAUCUGUCUUGUGUUUUAUUUUAGCUUUUCUUGCUCGUAAACUCCCUGAUAACUUCAAUGAAGCCAAGUUCAUCACAUUUAGUAUGCUCAUAUUCUGUGCUGUCUGGCUCACAUUCAUUCCAGCUUAUGUCAGCUCUCCUGGAAAAUUCACAGUAGCAGUGGAGAUAUUUGCUAUCUUAUCUUCAAGUUUUGGUUUACUAUUUUGCAUAUUUGCUCCAAAAUGUUACAUAAUUUUACUUAAACCAGAAAAGAACACAAAGAAACAAAUGAUGGGAAAGUCAUCUUCUAAAACUCUUUAA